AUGGAGCUUCCCUUUGUGAAAUACUCUACUUCAGCUCAAAGAACUCCAAGAAUAUUUAUACUUAUAAUAGUUUUAGCUGUUACAGUUCUGGGUCUUAUCCCUCUUUACCACCCCUUUAAUUGGUACCCAGCAGAUUUAUUAACCCAAAAUCCAUCUGAAAUAUCACCCACAUACCAUGCUGAGGAGCAUAAGAUAAAAAUUAUAGAGCCAGAAACAUGCGAUAUUUUCAGUGGGGAAUGGGUUUGGAAUCCGGAUGAUCCAUAUUACACGAAUGUGACCUGUUCUGAAAUCCAUGAGCACCAAAAUUGUAUGAAGUAUGGUAGACCUGAUACUGAUUACUUGAAGUGGAGGUGGAAGCCUAAUGGAUGUGAGCUCCACAUCUUUAACCCGUUUCAGUUUUUGGAUAUGGUCAGAAACAAGUCUUUGGCAAUUGUCGGUGACUCAGUUGGAAGAAACCAAAUGCAGUCCUUGAUUUGCCUCCUGGGCCGGCCUAAAGGCUUACCUAAUGGGAGCAUGGGCUUACCCUUUGUUGGAGAAACAUUUGGCUUCUUUACCCCUCAUAAAUCAUUCUCCAUUGGCGACUUCUUGCACGAACGUCGCUCUAGGUUGAGCAGAUAUGGAAAAGUAUUCAAAUCCUAUCUUUUCGGCUCUCCAACUAUUGUUUCAUGUGACUUAGAGUUCAACACAUUUGUACUUCAGAAUGAAGGCAAGCUGUUCCAAAGCAGCUAUCCUAAACCAGUUAGAGACAUUCUUGGCAAACACUCUUUAAUUCUUGCCACUGGUGAUCUUCACAAAAAAUUCAGAAGUAUUGAAGUUGGCCUCAUCAAUAAAUUCAAAUGCAAACCCGAUUUUCUCGCUUGUGUUGAUAAGUUAUGUAGCUCGUUAAUGGAAUCAUGGAGAGGAAAUCAAGUGGUUCUCUUCUCAAAAGAAGCUAAACAGUUUACCUUUAAUUUGAUGUUGAUGAAUGUACUACACAUGGAACCUGGAGAGCCACUAGCAUUGCAGUUAUUAGAGGAUUUCCUAACGUUCAUGAAAGGAUUGAUUCAGUCUCUUCGCGCGCAGGCUCGUACGAGGAUCUCGUCCACCUUGAAGCAAGUACUGGAAGAUAGAAAAAAGAGAGAAGAAUUGGGGAUUAAUGGACUAGCCAAAGAAGAUAUUUUUAAUGAGAAUUUUUUGAAAGGGCACUUAAGUGAUGCGGAGAAAGUAAGCAUUUUGCAAGAUCUUCUGUUGGCCGGUUAUGAAACAACCUCAGGACUUCUGUCCCUACUCGUCUAUUUUCUUGUCCAAUCACCUCAAGCUCUCCAGUACUUGAAGAAUGAACAUCGAGCAUUGAGGAGAACGAAAAAGGAAGGGGAACCCAUAAACUGGGAAGAUUAUAAGCAAAUGAAAUUCACCAUUAUGGUCAUUAAUGAGACUCUACGUUGUGGCAACUUGGUGAAGUUUGUUCACAGGAAAGCUAUCAAGGAUGUAGAAUUCAAAGGAUAUUAUAUACCAGCGGGAUGGAAAGUCCUUCCUAUCUUAUCUGCUGUACAUCUUGAUCCAUCCCUGCAUCAAAAUCCAUCAGAGUUCAAUCCUUGGAGAUGGGCCGAUCCGACCACAAGCAAGAGGGUGAUCCCAUUUGGUGGUGGAUUGCGGCUAUGUCCGGGAUGGGAACUUGCUAAAUUGGAAGCAGCUUUAUUCCUACACCAUCUUGUCAUCAAUUACAGGUGGACAGCGAAAGAAGAUGAUCAUCCAAUGUUGUAUCCAUAUUUGGAAUUCCCGAGAGGAUUGCUAAUGACUUUAGAAGCAGAAACAAGUGAAUUUUAAGGAUAAUAUUUAUUUAAGGUGAUAGACAACAAGGACAAAGUGAUAGAAUGAGAUUAAUAGAAGUAAUUGUUUGACACAUUUUAAAUGAAAACAGAUGUUGCAGAUUUACCAAGUUGAGCUACAA